AUGUGAUAAUCUCCGCUCAGCUCACGGCAUUACUACCUCACCCAACUCCUCCUCACUUCUUAAAAGCUACAUCCCCCGAUGCUAUUUGCUUCCGCUUCCUAUCCUGUAGAGAAAAACAGAGAGAGAAGGGAAAAUCAUCCCCGGCGUAUUAUAGAAAAUGGCUAGCCAGUCCCAAUUAAAAUCCGCCGCCUUGUUGGAGCAGAUGAAGCUCCAUCUCGCUACAGAUGCUGGAAAGUCCCUUACCAAAAAAUUGGGCCUUGUUUAUCAGUUCAAUAUCGCUCCACAGAAACUUGGACUGGAUGAGGAGAUUUACACCGUCGAUCUCAAGAAAGGAGAGGUCAUCAAAGGGCCAUAUGAAGGGAAACCCGAUUGCACAUUUUCUUUCAAGGACAGCGAUUUUUUUGCCGUCGCGACAGGAAAGAUGAACCCCCAAAUGGCUUUCAUAAGGGGCGCGAUGAAGAUUAAGGGAAGUCUGAGUGCAGCACAGAAGUUUACUCCGGAUAUCUUCCCCAAACCUUCAAAGCUGUGAGAGGGUUCUCAUUAUAAACUUAUACACGAAGUAAGAGCUUAGGCUGCUGAAAUUUAGCAUUGCAUUUGAUACUCUGAAAGUAAUAUAAGUUUUAGGAUUUAGUUCUUUAAAUAGUGCGGGUAGGUUGGUUGGUAAAAUGUUUGUCUUUCAGUUUUAUUCAUGUACUUUGAGCGGCUAAUGCAGUAGCUGGUGGUCCCGCAAAAUAAGGGGUAUUGUGGUAACUACUAUUUAUCAUGCAAUUUGUGCCCCUUUAGCUGUAAUUGUUUACUUAAUACAAUAAAGGUAUCAUUUAUCAAAUAAAGAAAAGACUGCUUUUUCUUCAA